AUGUCCAUGCCGGCGGCAGAGAAGGUGAUCGCGCUGGACGUCGACGCCAAGAAUGGGCGGGGGGACGAGCUGGACAACGUGCCUGUCGCCGAUGGCACUAAACACCAGAUCAGUGAUCCAUGGUACCAGGUGGGGUUCGUGUUCACCUCGGGGUUGAACAGCGCGUACGUGCUGGGCUACUCCGGGUCGGUGAUGGUGCCCCUGGGCUGGGUGGGCGGCACCGUGGGGUUCCUCCUUGCCGCCGCCGUGUCCAUGUACGCCAACGCGCUCCUCGGCCGCCUCCACCUCCUCGGCGGCAAGCGCCACAUCAGGUACAGGGACCUCGCCGGACACAUCUACGGGCGGAAGAUGUACGGGCUCACCUGGGCGCUGCAGUACGUCAACCUCUUCAUGAUCAACACCGGGUUCAUCAUACUAGCAGGACAGGCACUCAAGGCAUUGUACCUGCUGAUCAAGGACGACGGCGCCAUGAAGCUGCCCUACUGCAUCGCGGUGUCCGGGUUCGUGUGCGCGCUCUUCGCCUUCGGGAUCCCCUACCUAUCGGCGCUGAGGAUCUGGCUGGGCUUCUCCACGGUGUUCAGCCUCAUCUUCAUCGUGGCGGCGUGCGUGCUCUCGCUCCGGGACGGCGUGCGCUCGCCACACCGGGACUAUAGCAUCCCCGGAGACGGACCGGGCAGGGUGUUCACCACCAUCGGCGCGUGGGCGAGCCUGGUGUUCGCGUACAACACUGGGAUGCUGCCGGAGAUCCAGGCCACCAUCCGCCCCCCCGUGGUGAAGAACAUCGAGAAGGCGCUCUGGUUCCAGUUCACCAUCGGCGUGGUGCCCAUCUACGCCGUCGUCUUCAUCGGAUACUGCUACGGAAACGAAACCUCCAGCUACCUCCUCAACAGCGUCCAUGGACCCGUCUGGGUGAAGGCGCUUGCCAACCUCUCUGCCUUCCUCCAGACCGUCAUAGCACUACAUAUCUUCGCGUCGCCCAUGUACGAGUACCUGGACACGCGGUUCGGGAGCAGCGAGGGAGGCCCCUUCGCGUUCCACAACGUGAUGUUCAGGGUCGGGGUCAGGGGAGGGUACCUGACGGUGAACACGCUGGUGGCGGCGAUGCUGCCGUUUCUGGGGGACUUCAUGAGCCUCACGGGGGCCCUCAGCACCUUCCCUCUCACCUUCGUGCUCGCCAACCACAUGUACCUCGUCGCCAACAGGCACCGCCUCUCCUCGCUCCAGAAGUCAUGGCACUGGCUCAACGUCAUCGGCUUCACCGUCCUCGCUGUAACCGCCGCUUUCGCCGCACUCAGGCUCAUCGCCAUCGACUCCAAAACAUACCAUAUCUUCGCCGAUGUCUGACUGCCCUGCUCCGAUGCGUCUGCUACUG